AUGUCGCUGCUCCUCCGCCGCCCCCCCGGUCGUGAGGCCUACCCUGGAGACGUUUUCUACCUCCACUCUCGUCUUUUGGAGCGUGCUGCCAAGAUGAACAAGACCCACGGCGGUGGUUCCAUGACUGCCCUGCCCAUCAUUGAGACCCAGGGUGGUGAUGUGUCUGCUUACAUUCCCACCAACGUUAUCUCCAUCACCGACGGUCAGAUCUUCUUGGAGGCUGAGCUCUUCUACAAGGGUAUCCGCCCCGCCAUCAACGUCGGUCUCUCUGUGUCGCGUGUCGGCUCUGCCGCUCAGCUCAAGGCCAUGAAGCAGGUUGCUGGUUCGCUCAAGCUCUUCUUGGCUCAGUACCGUGAGGUCGCUGCCUUCGCCCAGUUCGGUUCCGAUCUGGAUGCCUCGACCAAGCAGACUCUCAACCGUGGUGAGCGUCUGACUGAGCUCCUCAAGCAGAAGCAGUACUCCCCCAUGGCUGUCAACGAGAUGGUUCCCCUCAUCUACGCUGGUGUCAACGGUCACCUUGACAACGUUCCCGUCAACAAGAUUCUCCAGUGGGAGUCUGAUUUCAUUGCCCACCUCAAGACGAACGAGUCUGAGUUCCUCUCUACCAUCGACAAAGAGGGUGCCCUCAGCAAGGAUCUCGAGGCUAAGCUCAAGGACGUCGUCGUUACAUUCACCAAGAGCUUCCUCGGUUAA